UGGUCGAAAUGUCUUGCCCGAUUCUCGUAAGCACAAGAGUCACUCUCGCUCGAACCGCCAGCUGGGGAAGUAUUUUCGCUGUAGGUGUACUGCAGUUUCCCCCAGUUUUAGAGUUUCAGGGCCAUCUCCAGUACCGUGUAGUAUCGUUGAUGUCAACAACACUGAUUUUGAUCUUUCGGUUACACACGAUGAUGGCUUCAUGUCUUCACUGGAUUCGUGUAGUGAAGAGGUAAUUUGUCGAGAUACAGAAGGCAGAAACUUUGCAGGUGUGAUCCCCAUUUCACCCAAAUUCUUUCCUGCAAUAUAACAAAUAACAACAGAAUUCAUAACUGCAUGAACAAAGUUCAUCAGCAACACUUGAGUACAUUAUAUAUGACAACCUGCAAUGGAGUGAGACUGUAACAUCAAUAUUUGUGACGUACAAUACAUACAGCACUCAAAGAAUGCCGUGCAGUCACUGGUGCCGAGUACGUCAAACUACUGUAACAUGGCAGCACCAAUUCUUUGUCAUUGGGACCUGAACCAAAAAGAACUACUGGACAUUUUCAGUCACUAGCAUUUUCACACAAUCUUUCACAAGAAAGUGUCGUGUUCUGCUCAAGAAACUUGUUUGAAGAACCACAUUUUGAGUUGCAUAUACUCAUCAGUGAACAGGUUCACAUAUUCCAAGAACCAUUACAGCUUACUGAGAAAGGCAACAUAUUUCGCCAAAGAAACUGCAUGGCAAAUUGAAUCCCCGUGGAAACAAGUGGUUGGAAGGCAGCUGGAAAGGCCUAUUAUAACAGAGAAUUGCACAUACGCAAGUGCUAAAAUGGCAGCUGAUGAGGGUGGCAUUGAGUGGCUGUAUGAGUUGCUGCACGAUGUGCAAUUAGAACAGUUUGCCACAAGAAUCAGAGAUGACUUACAGGUGACUCGAUUAACCCACUUUGACUAUGUCCAAGCUGAAGACUUAGAAAAAAUUGGUAUGGGUAAACCCGGUGCAAGGCGUCUGCUUGAGGCUUUAAAAAAGCGCAAGACUCAACAAUGGAAACGGAACAUUUUGACAAAACUGAUUCCAGCAGCUGGAAAUACAAGUGGAAGCAAGACUGGAACCAUCAGGAAAGGCAUUCAAAAUGCUGAUGGGCUGACAUCUCUAAGUCUGACAUGUCUCAUUCAGGAAAAAGAUGUCAGCCUGUCUCUGAAGUUGGGUGAUGGUUCAUUUGGUGUGGUAAGGAGAGGUGAAUGGACAACUCCCAGUGGACGAUUGCAGCCUGUCGCUGUGAAAGUUUUAAAGCAAGAUGCCCUUAAUCAUCCAGGAGUAUUUGAAGACUUUGUGAAGGAAGUACAAUCCAUGCAUCAGUUGGAUCACCAUAAUCUUAUACGGUUAUAUGGCGUUGUGCUUACAAAUCCUAUGAUGAUGAUCACAGAGCUUGCUCCACUUGGCAAUUUGUUGGAUUAUCUCAGGAAACAGUGUCAGCACACUCCAAUCACAACGUUAUGGGACUAUGCUCUUCAAGUAGCUACUGGAAUGGCUUACCUGGAGUCGAAGAGGUUCAUUCAUAGGGAUCUAGCAUGCCGCAAUGUUUUGCUUGCUGCAGCUGAUAAGGUGAAGAUAGGAGACUUCGGCCUCAUGAGAGCACUUCCGCAGCAGGAGGAUUGUUAUGUAAUGACGGAGCAUAAAAAAGUUCCAUUCCCAUGGUGUGCCCCGGAGAGCCUGAAGAGUCGGAUGUUCAGCCAUGCAUCAGAUACAUGGAUGUUCGGUGUCACACUAUGGGAAAUGUUUACAUUUGGAGAAGAGCCAUGGAUAGGCUUAAAUGGGACACAAAUUUUGCAGAAGAUUGAUCGAGAAGGAGAGAGGUUACACCAGCCUGAAGCAUGCCCACCUGACAUGUAUCAGCGUAUGUUGCAGUGUUGGUCCAAAGUUCCCACAGAUCGCCCCACAUUUCAGGCUCUAAGGAACUUUCUCUCGGAAACAUUGCCGCCCGUCAUGAAGGUCACCCAAAAGUUUGAUGAGGCAGACAAGAUGCAUAUUGAACCUGGAGACACCAUCAUUGUUAUUGAUGGCAGAGCAGAACUUUAUUGGUGGAAAGGACAAAAUCAGCGUACCUUUCAGAUUGGUCAGUUUCCAAGGUGUUUGGUGGAUCCUAUGCGAAAGAAGGUUGUAGAAGACAUUAGCAAACCUCUUCAGAAUUCAUUUAUUCAUACAGGCCAUGGGUCUCCAUAUGGCAAAUCAUGGGGUAGCCCAGUGUUUAUAGACGACGUCUAUUUGCGAAAUCCUAUGGAACCUCCUGAUGUCUUAGGCAUGGCACAAGAUCCAGGUCCAGCUCCUAAGCUGCCUGACAGGAAAAAGAGACUUGCCCAUCAGGCCAGGGGGCGAAGCAACCAGAAGCAAUUUAAUUAUUCCAAGCUAACAGAUGAAACACCUCACAGUGUUGCUGAUGGGCUUAAAUUUAUGCAAGCUGAAGCUGCAGCUGGUGGCACAAAAGAGGCAAAAGGUGAAACAAGUUCAUUGGAAGGAGUACUGAUUGAUUUGGUUACACCUGUGGAAGUUCCCGUAUUAGUUCGUUCAGUUUCCACUUCAGAAAGCACAAACACAAAUUCUAUUAUGGAUGAGCCAAUAGAUGCAGCAGAGGAAGAAUUCUGGGGUGACGGAGAAAUAAGCAACCGUGUGUAUGAAAACUGUUCUUUUAAUGUCGGUGCUGGAAACGGCUACAGCAAUGUGGAUUCAAAACCUGUCUCUGUUACUAAUACAAGGUUUGAGUCACCAGAUCCAUUCGAUACCUCACACGUCUAUGGUCCAAACAGGUACUAUUCUCGUGUGACACCUGAGGUGGUAGUACUGCCCUCAGCUUCAGGAACCAGUAUCAGUGCUUCUGCUGCUAAUACUCCAGAACAAAGUUCUUCUUUUUCUCAUCCUGCGCAGAACACGUACCUGAACAUAGAUCAUUGCACAGAAAUCUCAUCUGUAAAGAAUUCAUCACCAUCCUCUCAAAGUGUUUGGCCAAGCGAUGUCAGUAUGGACAGUCGGCCUUUGUGUUCACCACCUGUAGUUCCUGAUUGGCCUAAUGUUAGUUCAGUUUUAGUAGACUGUUCAUCUGACAAGUCUACAUUUCAGGACAGAGUGAACUCUUCUAUGGUCACAAGUGUGUCUUCUAGUCAACCAGCGAAACAACAUACCAUCAUAAACAAAGAGGAGAUAAAGUCUCCAGUGAAGAUGCUUGAUCCAAAAUUUAUAGCAGAACUAGAGAAACAUUUAGGGCAGAAGGAAGCUAGUGCAAAUACUAACCCACCAAAUAGCUUUGUGAGCUCUUCGCCCACAAAUGUGUGUUCUGUAGGAAUGCCUGAAAAAGUUGGAAAUCCAGUAGUUGCAAGUACAAGUUCUAUUGGGAAAAGCAAACAGAAUGAGUCACCUGGAACAUCAGUUAUUCCAGCACUAAAACCUCCACCACAGUCAAGCAAAGUAUCUCAGAAGAACUUACCAUUAACAUCAACUGCCCAGCUUCCCACUGGCAUCAAGAUGCUGCAAAAUUCAUGGGAGUGGAAGACUGUUAACUUGAAGUCUGAAGAUGGCGCAGGUAGUGGCUCACCAAAAACAACACGUUCUCACAGCAUCUGUUUAUCAUCACCACUCUCACAAAAGUUUGUAUUUUUAACAUUCCAAAUGUAUUUUUAGAUACUUCCAAAUGAGGAAUUAAAGUAAGUAUAGAAAUAUAAAUAAUUGUUCCCUCAGAUAUUAGCACCAAUUUUACAAUAUAUACUUCUCACCUGAUAUUGUUAUGGUGAUUAAAUCAAGAAGGAUGACAUAGGUGGAAUAUGUAGCAUGUGUGGGUGAAACAUGAUGCACACAUAAAGUUUUGUUUGGGAAACCUUGUUGGAAGAUAAGGGGCCUUAACCCGUCAGCUGGGGGGUUUAAAUGCCGCAGUCGAGCUCGUACAGUGGGGAUUUUUUCGAUGUCCAUUUAAACUUUGCUUUAAAACACUUUUUUAUCAUAACUUUUAAACUAUAUGAGACAUAAUAAUGAAAUUUCACUGAAAUCCUUUUAAAAGAUGGUUUUAUAAUCUUACCUUAUAAGAUGAGCACUCUGUGUGUGAGGAAUAAAAGCAGGUGGUUUAGAAUUUCAAUUUCAUGUGAUAGUUCUUGAAACAUCCAUCUAUACACAACCCUGCCCCACAUUCACUACACCAAUAUUUUGAGUCUUUCCUCAUCCCGUGUUUCGUACACACCACACAUCUCCUUUGAGGUCUAGCCUUCUUUCCAGUGGGUGGAAUACAUUCCGGGAAAUGUCGUUCUGAGAGUCUCUUAGGUGGGGGGCUCAAGUGAUGGACGGCCGGUUACAGGACGUGGAACAGCAGGACCGUGUUUCUCUACGAGACCUUGGACGAGAAGAAUCCUGAAUUUCAGGGUGUCUAUUUUCCUGUUACUUGGAACAGACCGAUACAUGACCAUUGCGUUAUGUAUUGAUACAUUCAGUAAUCUUUUGAACAAUGUCAUGUACCACUUUGUUCCUCGUUUUCGUUCCAGCACUUUGCUGCAGAGAAUGCAACAGGAUUGCAACAUCGUCACAUAGUGGAAGAAGUUGAGUUUUGUAUGGUGGUUCUUGAAACUUCACCAAAACAAAACACUACACAAACAAAGAGAUUCUAUCCUUUUCUGGCGUUUCCUGCAUAACACGCAAUGAGGCCUGUGUCAGGAAUAAGCGGAAGGAAAUGUGGGAGCCUCACCCCACCAUCUGACCCCGAACUGAAGGCCAAAUAUAUGCAUCAUACAUAACAGUUAUAACCUGUCUCUUUCUAGGAACGCUUCUUUCCAUACCCUUGUAAAUAUAGGGGUGCUAAAAUGUUGUUAUUCUGCCACACCGAAACAUGAAAACGGCAUAUAUUAUAGAAAAAUUAUGGGGUCCCUGACCGUUUCAGAUACUUUUUUUCCCCUCUGUCCUUCACAGCAUUAGGUAAGAUUGUAAAAUAAACCUUUUUGGGAUAACAGGCACGUUUCUUCCCUUCACAAACAAUCACCACAGUGAAGAUUCCGUAAACUCUUAGGUCACGCAUUCAUACACGGACUUUGCCAUCACAGAUCCAAAAAUGCGACGUUGCCACAACAUGAACAGAAAGAGCAUUUUUUCCACGACAAAUCAACUACAAACAUCAUAUAUCAGUCGUUAUUAUUUCCAUACUUAUGGGCAUUUGAAAUUAGGCUUACAGCCGCACGUCAUUGAACGUGGUUCCGAAGACCUACAUUUAAAUGCCAGCACGUCUUAAGACGACUUUCCUCAGCGAGGGGUUAAUAGACUUAUGCAUUUGUAGUUUUCACGGUCUUUAUGGUUUCCUUUCUUGUAAAUUGGGAUUACAAUGGAUUUCGACCAUCUUCAGGUGCUUCUUCCCAGUUCCAAAUUUUGUUGAGAAAUUUAAGAAAUCGUUGAAGGAACAAUGGCGUAACGAAUUUAAACAACUCCUGGUUUAUAGAAUCCUCUCCUGGUGCUUUAUUGCUUUUCAGAUUUUGAAUUACUGACAAUAGUUCAUCCAUUGUGAUAUCCUCUGUUUCAUUAUUAUUAGAAUAUUGUAUUUGAAGAUCAUCUGUGUCUUGUGUCCAUAGUUCCUGAAAAUAAUUUAACCAUGUUUGAUGUGAGAUGCAGUUAAUUCGAACUGCUUCUUUUGUUUCUUUACCCAGUUGUUUUAGAAUUUUGAAGGUUUUGGGUUGUGUCUUGUUAUGUCAUAUUCUAAAUAUGACACAAAACUUUCCCAAUCCUUUCUGUGGAUCUUUCGGACUUCUCUUUUGGCUAUUGCUCGUUUUCGACAGUAUUCUGUUUUAUCCUCUUCUUUUUUGAUUGCUAGAAAUGUGUUUUUCUUCUCUCUUCAAUUAUUUGUUUGAUAUUUGAGUUUAAUUUGACUAAUUUAUGUUUGAAAUAAAACAGGUUCUUGAAUCUGCUCAAAAAUGUGUGGUGGCAUUGCCCUUAUAUUUUCUUCUGCGUUUUACUUUACUAAUUGUUCAGGGAUAGUUAUCUUACAUUUCAAAUAAUUCCGCUGGAUAAAUGUUCCUUGCAUCCUUUGAGAUUGCCACCAAACAAUUGAAAAUCUCAGUUCUUCAAUUUGUAGUUUUUGUUUUCAACAGGGACAUUGAGAGUGAAAGUACAUAUUGAAAUGAAGCUCAAGAGGACCAUUUUAAAGCCAUUCCUAUUAACAGUUACACAUAAUUAAAAAUACAUGUACAAAAUCAUCAUGUGCUCGAAUGUUCAGAUAUUUCUUAACUGUAUAGUUAAAUUGCCAUUUUGAUUAUACCAAUAUUGUCAUUGUCCAUUGUCGAUAUGUAUGUGGUAUACACAUUUCAGGGGUUGGCUUUACACUUGUCUUCAGAUGAUGGCUGUCGUUAUACAGACAGAUUAUGUUUUGUUGUUAGUUAAAUUCUCAUUUUAUAUUCAUUUGCAACAUGUGCAGUGAUAGCACAACAAAUGCAUAUACAAUUAAUUUGAAUUACCAAAAUGAAUAACAAACUUCUCUGAUUAUUGUCCUCCAGGAAAGUGGAAACUGCCUUUCCUAACAGAGAUGUAAUGAUUUUACAGUCUCUGAAGGUCACCAUAUAAAUUACGAAUAUUACUAAUACAAUUUUCCACGAAUAAGAUUGUAUUAAUACAUUCAUAAAAGUGACCACUGUGAACAGGUGGGUGAAAACUGAAUGCCAUAAAUAAAAAAAAUACUGUUGUAAUAAUUUAAACCACUUAAUAAAUAAAUAACAUUGAAGCCAAAUAUAUGGCUAAUAAAACCUAUGUACAUAUCACAAGCAGUCCUGUAUAAAACAACACAUAAGUAUGGAUAUUGAACGUUUAUAUAGGUUACUUGACAAUUUACAAUAACAACAAAUUAUUUAUAUAUUUAUUUUCACAGUCUAUACACAAACGUUGUAAUUAAAUGAUGUUGUUAAAAUUAUAUAAUAUUAAAACAUUAUGUAGUAUAAAAUAUUA